UAUCAAAUAUCGAGUAACGUAGUUGUAAAUCGUGUGUAAUUAGUUUUAAAUAAGAGAUGAAGUUGCUUGUGGCUUGCAGUUUGUUGUUGUUGACGGCACCUCUUGGAGAUGCCGCUCGGAUUCUGGGCGUCUUUCCGAGUCCAUCCUACAGCCAUCAAAUAGUUUUCCUUCCUAUCAUAAAGGAAUUGGCGAAGAGAGGUCAUGAGGUGGUGGUGAUAACGACGGAUCCGAUGAAAGAGGACAUCAAAAAUUUGAAACAAAUCGAUAUUAGUUUCACUUACGAAUUGAGUAACAAGCAUAACUUCUCAAAAAUCAUCAAUGAAAAUAAUAAAAAUCCAUUCAAGCUGAUGAACACAUUCAUGAACAUCAUAAGUGAUACUACUUCCACCAUAUUUGAAUAUUCAGAAGUGAAAAAAUUAAUCAGCAAUGAAAACGAACAUUUCGAUCUUCUCAUGGUUGAGUACUUGAUUCCAACGUUCCUCGCUUUCAAGCAUCGAUUCAACUGUCCCAUGAUUGGUUUAACAUCCUUGGAUUCUCCUUACCACGGCCAUGCAGCUGUUGGCAAUCCAGUUCACGCCGUACUAUAUCCGGAUAUGAAUUUACCGUUUCAAACACUAAAGUUAAACUUCUUUGAGAGGUUGAUUAGUUUCACGUAUGUGCAAUUUCUAAAGUAUUGCAUAUAUUUGAAAAUCGUUCCUGCAGAAGACACAACAAUAGAAAAAUAUUUUGGGAACAACUAUCCUUCUAUAACAAAACUUUUAGAUUCAAUCGAUAUGCUUUUUAUAAACGUCAAUUAUAUAUUACACACUGUAAGACCUUUAACACCAGCUACCGUUACCAUUGGCCCAUUCAUCCAAAUAAAACCGCCCAAGGAAUUACCAAAAGAUUUGAAAUUAUUUCUGGAUGAAGCGAAAGAGGGAGUAAUUUAUUUUAGCUUGGGUACGAAUGUUAAGAGCAAGGAUAUUCCGGAGGAAACGCGUACUGUCAUUAUGAAAACGUUCGCCAAACUUCCAUAUAAAAUCCUCUGGAAAUUCGAGUCCGAAGACUUAAAGGAAAAACCAGACAACGUAAAAAUCAUCAAAUGGAUUCCACAGCAAGAUGUAUUAUGUCAUAAGAACAUAAAGCUAUUCAUCAGUCAAUGCGGAUUACAGUCGUUAGAAGAGAGCUUGUACAAUUACGUUCCUGUUCUGGGUCUACCAUUCUUUGGUGAUCAAUCAAGCAAUGCCUUUAAACUAGAAUCGAAUGGACUAGGAUUAUCCUUGGAUUACAAAGAAUUGACUGUUGAUAAAUUUACAUUUAGCAUAAACGAACUAAUUAAUAAUCCCAAGUAUAAAAACAGAGUUAAAGAAAUUUCGAAUUUACUUAAGGAUGAGCCAAUGUCUAGUUUAGAGAAAGCUGUUUGGUGGACGGAGUACGUCUUGAGGAACAAAGGAGCGCAACACUUGAAAGGUCCCGCCGUUGAUAUUCCUACAUAUCAAUAUUACUACUUGGAUAUAAUUGCUUUCUUCGCGUUUAUACUUUGUAUACUAAUUUCAGUUAUUUACUUGUCAGUUAAAAAAUGCUUAAAAUGUACCACAAGAAAGAUUAAGCGCGAUUAAUAUAAAACUUGCCGGUGUGCAUAUUGAGAGUCACGAAAGUCAUAAAUUAGGAGUAGUUUUGAAAUAAGUCAUGAAACAAUGUCGUUCAUAACAUUACUUGUUCUUUUUUUAUUGUUUUCUUGGAUUUUGUUUCUUUAUGUUUAUCAAUUUGACAAUAGGGUCACCAUGUUUCAUGUAGUUAGGGAUUCCAUUACCGGUAAAUGGUUAACCGGUUUUAUCAAUAAAUAUAAUUACCUAAAUUACCAGUAAAUAUUGACAACAAAUAUGGAUAAUUUAAGUGAUUUGUAAGAAAAAUCAAAUUAAAUGUUUACCUUCACAUAGUGAAACACACCAGUGUCGAGACAGAAAGUAACUUUUCUUCUACAGGCGCAAUAUGUACUAAAUUGCAUGAAGUCUGAGUGAUAAGACAUAAGAUUCGAUUUUUUUACAUUUUAAUUAUCAGAAAGUACUGGGCUUGAAUAUUAAAAGAAGUGUUUUGAGUGUUCUGUCUGGUUAUUUGUAGAUAUUCCAAUAUUGGUACUUGGAUAUAAUUUACCUAUUAUUUAAUUGUCCAAGAACUGAGAUUUCACUGCAUUCGGUUUUGCUUUAUUACAUAUUACAUACAAAAAUGUAUAAUUGAUAUGAAUAAUAAGACAAAGGUUAAUACUUAUGAAAUAUCACCAAAAUAUGAAAUUCGAAAAGAGGCAGAAAUAAGAUAAUUAU